GGCUUCAAAUUCCACUAACUUAAACCUAACUCUGUCUUCUUUUGCAUUUUCCUUGUCAACGUUUUCCUUGUCAACAUUUUCCUCCUCAUAUUGUUCAUACUUUUCAUGACCAAAAGCUUUGGAAACUUUAUUAGACUCAACCUCAAAAUCUCUCUUGCAACAUAUUCAGGAACUCAUACACCUUGAUUACCCUCUAUAGUUCACAGCUCAACAGAGCUGCACUAAGAUUUCCCGCCAAUUAUAUAUUUGAAUUUUCUGCUAAUUACAUUGCUAUCAACAAAAAAUGGAGAGAUUUUCACAAAGAGAGAGUGUUCUUUUGGGGUAUAGUCCUCAAAGAGCAUUCACAAACUCCAACUCUUCACCCGACAAAAACUCGGACUUAGACUUUAAUGAUGUGUUUGGCGGGCCACCAAGGCGGUCAUCAAUACAAGAGAAGCGGUAUAAUUUCAAUGAAGCUAAGGAUACCUAUGGACGUAGUGGGGAAGAUGAAUCACAUUCAUGUCGUAUUUCAUGGCCUUGUCAUGGUGAGAAGCCAGUGUUUGGGGAGGAAAAUUUGAACAGAAGGCGAUACCCGAGUGAGGAUUUCUUCAAUGACAUUUUUCGAGGUGAUGAAUCUUUGACUUCUACUCCAAGGAAGCGUGACAGUGAUGUUUUUUCUUCAGCCCCAGGUUCGCGGGUUUUGAGCCCUGCUCGACCCCUGCCACCCAAAGCUGAGCCCUUUGGGAGUUCAUCACUCCCUUCCCAAUUCAGCCUUCCUGCCAAAUUGACCAAAGGGAUGGACUUGCCGGUGUAUGGUUCCACUCCUCUUAGUCCAUCUAAAUGCAAGGAUGGUGCAUCCAAUGGAAUUAGCUCUUCUUCUUUUUUGAGUUCGAAUCUUUCUAGAUUUUCAAGCCAAUCAACCCAAAGCCAAGAAGAAUUAAAAAAUGGUAUUCAAUCAUCUUAUAGCCAAAACCUUUUAUCCCAGGAGAUCAUUCUUAACAAUGAGGAGUCAUCAAAUUUGAUUAAAUCUGAUAAAAAAGACACGGAAGGCAAUAUUAAAAAGGAUUCAAAAAUCUCUGAAGCUCCAACCGACAGCAGUCAAUUCCAUUUCUCAAUAUACAAAUGGGCUUGCAAAGGAGUGCCAUUGAUGAUUCCUUUUAGAGGGAGUAGUUCAAGAUUAAAAGAACCUGUGAAAAUGAAAAGAUCCCUAAGCUUGAAUGGACGGAUAGAAAUCGAGAGUAAGGUGAGGGAAUCACCUUUAAAGUCCUAUAAGAUGGAACACAACAAAGAGGAAAAUGACUCAGUUCUUGAUACAAGCGCUCAAGAUGGAGUAGAGCCAUGCCAAAAUGUUGCAGAACCAAUUCUUCUUACAACUGAAUUAGAAACCCUGAGCAGCCUUCAUAGUGUUGUUGAAGAUGUUAGUGCUGAUACCAUGAUGCGUGAUAUAAGAGAAGAAAUAAAACAUCAAUCUCUGUCCAAGAUAGAUUUGUGUGAUAAUGAAGUGAAAGAAAUUACUAUCCUUACAAAGGAAGUUCACAAGCCUGAGUUGAAACCCCUACGUUCUCUACUAUUUGAUAACGACUAUGAACAAGGCAAUGAACGAAUCACUCAAAGAGGCAAAGGUAAGGAAAGCACAAUUAAAAGUGCAAAAAAUCCCUUGGCACUUGUUGAUGAAAGUAAAAAUGUAAAGAAGCAAGAUGGAAAAAGAACUACUCUGAAUGAUGUAGAAGUGGAUAAAGCUAGUUUGCAAGAUUCGCCUGUUUACUCAGGUGGAAAUCUUGGGAGGAAUAGAGUUAAGGGAAAGGUCAAAGAAUUUGUUAAAAUGUUCAACCAAGAAGCUCCUCCAAAACCCAAUGACAAUAUUGACUCUCGAAGUCAGAGUUCUAGAUGGAAGAAGAAAGGCUCUUAUGGUGCAAGGAAUGAAGUAAGUGUUAGCAGUACCAAAACUGGAUUAGAAGUGAAAAUUCCCAGGGUCCAUGUGAGCAACACAGUCCCAGAAGCUUCUAUCAUGGCAGAUGAACAUCUGAAAGAGUUAGAGAGAGAACAUUCUUCCAUAAAAACCACCAAUAAUAUAUUUAGUGAUGCCUCGUCGCAACUGAAGGAUAACUCAUCAGCAAGUACCGCAUCAAUUCCUAAUGGCUCAAUGGCUACAGUUGAAGACACAGACGAUUCCUUCCCAGGGAACUUUCUCAUAAAGGAAUUAACCCAAGGCGAGAAUGAACUGCCACAAAGUGACAAUAAUCACAAAGAAAUCCAAGUUAUUGAUGCUAAAAUACGACAGUGGUCCAAUGGAAAGAAAGGAAAUAUACGCUCAUUGCUAUCAAAUUUACAAUAUGUUCUUUGGCCCGAGAGCGGGUGGAAGCCUGUACCUCUUGUUGAUAUAAUUGAAGGAACUUCGGUCAAAAGAGCAUAUCAAAAAGCUUUACUCUGUCUACAUCCAGAUAAACUACAGCAGAAGGGUGCUGCUUCGCAUCAAAAAUACAUUGCAGAAAAAGUUUUUGAGAUUUUGCAGGAGGCAUGGACUCAUUUCAACUCACUUGGUUCAUUAUGAGUUCUCAGUCCUCUAUGGCAAUAAGUCUGUCAAUAUGGACAAAGAUCAGGUGCUCAGAAUCAGGAUGUCUCCACGAUUAAAUCCAAACCGUAAUAUAAAUACUGUUUUGACCAUGGAUAGGUUGUAUAAAAUUGAUGCCAUAAGACAUUUCAAAUGCCAUACUUUUCUUAUACUCGUGUUUGGAGCACGUUGAAAUUUCUAUUUUAUGGAACCAAAGUUUAUAAUAGAUGGUAUGAUGUUACAUGAGAGAA